AUGGCAGGCCGAAGAAUUGCUCUUGUUACUGGUGGCAACAACGGUAUCGGCUACGAGACAGUCAAGGCCCUCCUUCAGUCCAAUCAGCCAUAUCAUGUUCUCUUGGGCAGUCGCUCACUCGAGAAGGCCGAACAUGCAAUCGAGAAGCUCCACAAAGAAUGUGGCGAGUCAGCCAACACCGUCGAAGCGCUCCAAGUCGAUCUUAACAGUGAUACCUCCAUCGAAACAGCAUUCGAUCAGGUCAAGACCAAGUUGGGACAUAUUGAUGCGCUCAUAAAUAACGCGGGAGCGACAUUUGAUCUCGCAUUUGUAGCCAAUGACGUCUCCCUCCGCGACUGCUUUUUGAGAGCCUACGAUGUCAACGUCGCGGGUACCAAUGUCCUAACCUGGACCUUUAUGCCACUCUUGCUCAAAUCCCAUGACCCUCGUCUGGUCUUCGUGACAGGCCUCUCCAACGUCACACAAGCAAGCAGGUCUUAUUUUCCUACGCCGCCUCAACCCGCUGGGUGGCCGAAGAAGAUCGAAUUUGAGACGAUCGGGUAUCGAUGCAGUAAGACAGCGCUGAACAUGUUGAUGGUGGACUGGAAUCACAAGUUGAAGGCAGACGGAGUCAAGGUUUGGGCUGUUGGACCUGGGCUUCUGGAGACGGAUCUAGGGAAUGCACGGCAUUUGGCGAAGGAGAUGGGGGCGAAGCAUCCGAGUGUCGGUGGACAAUUCAUCAGGAGUGUUGUGGAGGGAGCAAGAGAUGAAGAUGUGGGGAAAAUCGUAGUGAAGGAUGGGAUUUCGGAAUUCUGAGGUCAAGUAAUGAG